GGACGGGCUUUUUUCUAUUUCUGCCCGGGUCUUAGUCUUAGUCUUAGGGUUUAAGGGUUUUGAUUGAUUGGUGGAAUUAGUAGCAGUCAUACGCAUCCCCUUUCCUCCUCCGAGCUCCGUCGUGAUUCCAACUCCCUCUUUCUCUCUCUCCGGGGUUUUGAGAUUAAACAUGGCGGAAGUAGAGCCAAAGAUCUUAAAUUCCAUACCAGAGACGAUAUUUAAGAAGAGGAAGAACAAUGAGGAGUGGGCUCUUCGGAGGAAGCUGCAGCAAGCUGAAAAAACGAGGAUCAGGUCUACUAGUUUUACUAUAAAGAAGCCGGAACAGUUCAUCAGAGAAUACCGGGAUAGGGAGUUGGACCUUAUCCAAAUGAAAAACAGGAAAAAGCAACAUAGAAAGAGCAUGGUGAUCCCGGAAUCCAAACUCUUAUUUGUCAUACGGAUAGGAGGGAAGAAUGAUCUUCAUCCAAACACUCGAAGGAUUUUGUACUCUUUGAGAUUGAGGAAAAUCUUCAGUGGUGUCUUUGUCAGGUCAAGCAAAAAUCUAAUGGAGAUUUUGAAAAAAGUGGAGCCUCACAUCACAUAUGGGUAUCCAAACCUCAAGAGUGUGAAGGAUUUGAUUUACAAGAAGGGUGUUGGAAAAUUUGAGAAACAGAAGGUUCCUCUAACUGACAACAACAUCAUUGAGCAGGUAUUGGGGGAGCAUAAUAUUUUGUGCAUUGAAGACAUUGUGAAUGAAAUUGCGACUGUUGGUCCACACUUUGAGAAGGUUUCCAGUUUCUUGUGUGCUUUUAAGCUUGACAAGCCAGAGAAGGCUCUGCAGGGUAAAAAGAAAAGGUUCAGGGACGGAGGGGACUCGGGUGAUCGAGGGGAUCGAAUCAAUGAGCUGCUUGUCAAGAUGAAUUGAUACAUGGAUUGUUAGCUUGUUGGUAGAAAUUCAGAUAUUGAGGUGAUGUAUGUAUAAUGAAACUAAAUUCCGUCUUUGUCUAGUUUUCAGGCAUUACUUAUUUUGUAGACGUCGGCACAGUACUAAUUCCUCCCCACGAAUUCAUAGCCACAUUUUUGGUGAAUUAUUUGUGUGCUUUGAUUGACUGCAACAACGGGAAACUGUUCCUUGAAUUGGCCCUGUCAAUCAGGCCAAGUAAGACGGGGCUCAAGCAGGCCAGAUUGAACUCUUUACAAUAUCAGACCUGGUUGCAGACUGGAUUCUCCGUUCAGGCUUUGUAUGAAUUCAAUCGCCCUCAAGAAAACAUAUACAUGAUUUAUUUUGUCUUAGGUUUCACCUAGCAGAAACACUAGCACAAUCGAAAACAAAUCGAAUCAAUCAUUGUUCCAGGGAAUAAGGCACCACCCCCCCCCCCAAAAAAAAAAAAAGAGAAAACACCAAAAAGAAAAAUAGCAGAUCAUUAUAAACGCAGAAACACCUCCUCACCUCAUUAACAUUUAAUACCAGUCAGAGUCGUCUUCUCUUUGUACACCAAUUGUUCAUAUGUACGUUCAACCAUGCAUGAAACCAUUUUGGCUUCUGAGUAUAGAACAUUAGAUGUCCCAUCAACCCAAGAAUCAAACCACAAGCAAAUCCCAAGAGCACUGAUUCCUUGGUAAGUCCAUUCAUCAGGUCCACCUGUUCAUCUGUUUGAGGAUUACUAGGAUUCGGUUGUGAUCCCUCGUGUGAUGCUCCACAAUCUUCAAGCGGGAAACCACAUAAGCCUGGAUUUUCGCGAUACGAAUCAAUGGUAAAUGUAUUAAAUUGCCCACCAGUUGGGAUCCUUCCCAUUAGUCGAUUCUGAGAUAGGUUCAAGAUUUGAAGGAAAUUCAGAUUUGCUAGUUCAGCAGGAAUAUUACUGGCAAGUUGGUUCCAUGAAAGGUCCAAGGAUUCUAGCGCAAGCAAGUUCCCAAUUGUUGAUGGGAUUACGCCAUCAAACUGGUUGUGCGAAAAAUUCAGCACCAUAAGCCCGCUCAGCUCCCCAAUUGAUUUUGGAAUGCUUCCUUCAAAAUGAUUUCCAGAGAAAUCGAUGCCAAUGAGAAUAUGUAAGGCCGAAUUCAGCUGAAGCUCAAGCCCCUUCAUCACAACAGUCACGGAAUCUUCAAAAUACGGGUGGCGGGUUAUGUCUAACUGUCUUAAACUAUCAUUCUCCUUCAUAGCUUGAAAACGAUCCAUCAUUUCUGCUGGUAGGACGCCAUCAAGCUGAUUAUAUGAUAUGUCAAGAAACCGCAACUUUUGAAACGAUCCAUCUGAAAUGGUACCAAUUGUACCAUGGAAAUUAUUGCUUUUCAUAAUGACAACAUUAAGCUCUGGGAGAGUUCCUAGCCAAGCUGGAAAGGUAUCAUUUAUAUUGUUUUGCCCGAUGUCUAAGAUUUUCAAACUUGUACAGUUGAGCAGAGAUUUCGGCAAAAGUCCUUCUAAAUGAUUCUUGCUUAGACCAAGGAAACUCAAAAU